AUGCCGAACUUGAAGCCACAACUUGCAAGUCUGGCGGUGCGCAUCGGUCUUAUCAGGCUCUUUAUCGGUAUUUCGACGCUGGUCUCCCCCUCUGGAGUCGGUGUGUAUUGGUUCACCAACACGGUGCUGACCACCGCCCAGAUGAAGGUGACCCAAGACGAAGUCGCGGAGGAGUUCCCGGAGUACAAGCAAAUCAAGGACGAAGUUGAUGCCAAGGAGAACGGCGCGCGGUACACGCGAGCUUCGCCUUUCAAGGAGGAGGAUGCUGUCAAGAAGAGCGUGGACGCGUUGAAGGAGCCCGAAGCACCUCCGAAGAAAACCUCGCGGAAAGAGCGCCGGAGGGGGAGGGGCCGUAGCAAAUCCCGGUGA